AUGGCUACUAGCAAGGACCUCAGUGCUCAGACCAUCUUUGGCAUCAAAGGCUUCGUCGCCGUGAUAACCAACGGCGCAACCGGGGUAGGCCUCAUGGCUGCACAAACUUUAGUCACCAACGGCGCACGUGUGUAUAUAGUCAGUCGACGACAGGACUUUCUCCAGAAGGCGGCUGAAACCGUCAAUGCUGGAGCUUCGAGUGGAGGGAAACUAGUUCCAAUCACGGCAGACAUCAGCCAAACAGACGGAAUCCGCACUAUAUCCUCCGAAAUCACUCGUCUCGAACCAGACGGUAUCAAUAUCCUUGUUAAUAAUGGCAAUGUUUCGCCCGAAGAACGUGCUCGUUCCGAAGCCUACACUAUCGACUUCAGUGAUGCAAACGCAGUAUCUAAGUGGAUGACCACCGAUGGGCCUGACGCAUGGAAAGAUGCCUAUUCUGGCAAUAUCGCCUCUCACCAUUUUCUAACAGCCGCUCUACUGCCCUUGCUCGACAAAGGCAGACAACAAACUCCAGGCCAUUCCAGUGCUAUCAUAAAUAUUGCAUCUGCUGCCGGUCUGACCAAGACACACAGCCACGGGCAGUUUGCGUUUUCAUCUACCAAGGCGGCGUUCAUACAUUUGACCAAGGAGUGGGCUCACACAUUUUUGCCUCUCCGGGUAAGAGUCAAUUGUAUUUCACCAGGAAUAUUUUCACCUGUUUUUCCGGGAGAGGGUGUUAGGGAUGAGGGACAGAGAGAGCGGCUGGAACGAGUUGGGAAUGAGAUUCCUGCUGGUCGACCGGGAAAGGAGACUGACAUUGGGGCUGCAAUACUUUAUCUUUGUAGCAAGGCAGGCACCUACGUAAAUGGGCAAGUCCUCCAUCUUGACGGAGGAAUUCUGCUCAAGGCACCGUCUACAGUCUAG